AUGCCAAAGAGGGAUGUCCGGCGUAGAGUUCCGGAGAACGGAGGCCGGAAGAUCAGGCCAUCACACCCAUCUCCAAGAGGGAGCCGUGCUGAAGAUAGUGUUGAUCAGCAGAAACAGAGGAGCAGCAUCUUACUGUACGAGUGUGAUGGUGGUAGUGGCGGUGUUUUGUUUAGGCCUCAUACUUGUACAGAUGCUCUUGCUUCUUCUCCUUCUUUGAUCGUGCCCACUAAUUUCUCUCCUCGCUCCAGUCUUGAUCGGGGAUACAAGAAGGAUGCAGAAGUAGUGAUUACUGUAACAGUUGAAGGGAGUCCAGGGCCAGUUAGGACCAUGGUUAAAUUGGGAUCUAAUGUAGAGGACACAAUUAAGCUUGUGGUAGACAAGUACAGUGAAGAAGGGCGAACCCCAAAACUUGAUAAGAAUGCAGCAUCAACAUGUGAAUUGCAUCAUUCCUAUUUCAGCCUUCGAAGUUUAGAUAAAUCAGAAAUGGUUGGGGAUGUCGGUAGCAGAAGCUUCUAUCUCAGAAGCAGCAGCAGCAAUCGUAGAAGUAAUGGAGGCUCAGCUUCUUCCAUUACAGAAACAGUUUCUGGGAGAGCUAACCCACCAUCAAUUCCAUGCCCUCCAUUCUUACUUCCGGAAUUCUUUGCUAGCAAAUUUGGCGAAAUUGUGAGAAGGACGCUUCAGCUUUGGAAGGUCUUGGUGUGCUGGAAAUGACACCAAGAUCCUGUCUUUGUUAGCGUUCAAUAGCAUCACAUUAUUUACUUGGCUCUAACAUAAAUCAAGAUCCCUUUUUU